AUGACUUUGAAUGACACCAUCAACCACUACAGAAAUAAUAGGAAGGUUCUUCUUCUUAUAGUCUAUAUUGCAUUAUUUUUGGAUAAUAUGUUGCUAACAACAGUCGUGCCCAUAAUUCCCGAAUAUUUACUGAGAAUUUCGCAUCCAAACACGACCGAUCAACUUCUGUACAACAAGCCAGUUGAAGACCAUGCUAUUGAGAAGAGACAGAUAGUUUGGGACGACGAUGCGUGGGAUAUGCCUAUGCCUGGUAGUACAGGAGAAGAUAUUCCAUGGGAAGAGAAUCCACUGGCAAUUCAGAGGAAACCUGAGAAAAGCCGGAAAAAAGCGAAGCAGAGAAACAAGGAAAUUUCCCGAAAGCAGCCAGUUCCCUAUAGCGAGAGAUUUGUUAUAAUGUUUCUAUCGACGGUACUUUUCGCAUUUGGAACAUCUUAUGGGACCCUAUGGUUUGCAAGGGCCAUGCAAGGCGUGGGUUCUGCUUGUUCCAGCACUUCCGGUAUGGGUAUGUUAGCCCAAGCUUACCCGGAUGACGCUGAGCGAGGAAGUGCAAUGGGAAUUGCUCUGGGCGGUAUAGCCCUAGGGGUCUUGGUAGGGCCACCGUACGGAGGAGUACUGUACCAAUGGGCGGGAAAGGAGCUACCGUUUAUACUUCUUGCUCUCCUAGCUCUUUUCGAUGGAUCCUUGCAAUUUAUUGUACUCCAGCCGAAAGUAGACCGAGGUGAACCGGAAGGUUCGACGAUAAAGCAGCUAGUCAAAGAUCCUUAUAUCAUCGUUGCUGCAGGUAGAGUAAAAACAGAUGUUUACCCGUAG